GCUUACGACACCUGCUCGGAUUACACCGACGGUCAGAUGUUCAAGACCUUCUGCGACAUGCACUGCAUCGAAGAUGCGGUGCUGAAGGGAAACUCGGCCAUCCUCAAGUCUCUGAAGACGCAGGAGACCCACGUCGUGACCACGCUGCACGACAUGCUGAAGUGGUACACCACCGAGCUCUUCGACAAGCUGAAAGAGACCCAAGAUCAGAGCUCUCAGAACUUCCUUGAGCAAGAGCGGCUUCUGAAGGCAUAUUUCGAGCAGAUGGCCGACAUGGAGACGGGCUACGCGAACCAGGUAAACACGCAGAUCGACCAGUUGGGAGUGGAUAUCAACAGUCGCUUCAAGAACAACGUUGAUCACCUCAACGUCCUGCAGAAGCACCUGAAGACGGUGAACGACAACAUCAUCAGUCUGGCCAACUGGCUGGGAAACCAGCCUAUGUUUGCCACCGACGAUGACCACACUUUCACACCUCCCCACUCCGUCCUGCAGGGUGCGGACCCAUCGAGGAUCGUUGACGCCAAAGGCAUCUCAGUGCAGAAGCCUCCGCACGUGGAAGCGCAAGAGACCCUUGCAUGGAGCAGGCGAAUUAGGCUCAGAGUUUCAGGGUUUAGGGUUCCCCGUUGGGUCCAGGUUUUCUUUUGA